GUGAACUGAGCCAAGAAGAUGUCACAAAGAAUGAAUAUUUCCCUUCUCCUCAUCUUUUGCCUUGUGGCUGUGGGUCAAGCUGAGCUGCGUCUGUACCAUCCUUUGUUGACCCUGCAUCAGCAGCCCACGCUGGCCAAGGUGGGUCACCUAGUGGAUCAUGUUCCCACUGCUGUUUCCCACCAGAGCUCCACCAUUGUCCAUCGAAGUGUUCCCAGGAUUACACCACUGCUGACUCCUGCUCUGCGGACUACUUACCUUCACUAUCCUAGCUGGAGUUAUCCACUCUACGAGGGAGCCAACACCCUGUACAGAAAGUAAUGGUUCUGAACAGCAGGAAUCCUUAAAUCGGAGUUUAUUCAGUUUUAAAAUGGAAUUC